CUUCAAAAUGGAACUACAGUUCGACGUAUCAAAUAAUUGAUUUGAAUCAGAGAUGGCGCUUUAUCCGCCGUCCCGCUGUUAAAACGACGCAUUAAGUACCAUAACAUCCGCAGUAAUAACGGCGCUCGCGUCGCAAAAAGUUCCACAGCGGUACUCUCCGAGCAUGACUGUAUCAUCUUUGCUCAUCUUCCUCUCCGUGUGUAUGUACGGGCGACUGGUUACGUGUGACAAAAGUCGAGAGCUGAGGAUUCCACUAUUUUAUUACCAAAAGAAUUGAAGAAUCAUGAAAUUUAAUGAGAAGGAACUCGUUGAGUUGAGUACUGGAGCUGCCGAACGCGAGGGACGUUUAAAUCACAAACGUGCUCACAAAUCAGGUUUUAAAGAAAGAUGGUUCCGGCUGAAGUACAACCUAUUAUUUUACUUUAAUAUUAAUGAAUUUGGACAAAUCGAAUGGAAGCAACCAGCAGGAGUAAUAGUUCUAGAGAACUGUAGCAUUAAUGUUGAUGCAAGCUCUGAAAGUGCAUUUGCAUUCAGCAUCAGUUUUCAAGAUGAACACGAUAAGCGACAUAUACUUAGUUGUCGUUCCAAUGCCCAAGUAGAACAAUGGGUAUCAUCGAUUUCGCCAAAUGCGUAGCCAUGAAAUGAAUAGUAGAAACAACUGCAACCGAACCAACUAAGAAGAAAUGGAAAUAAACAAAAGAAUGCGUUAAAAAGCAAAUACUUAGUGCAAUUUAUAAAAAUCCAUUCGACGUGGACGGACCUUAUUCGAUAGAUUCGACGAUUCGAACCGUAUCGGAUCGAUGCCGAAUCAAUCCAAGGACGUAGAAGUGAGUAAAAUGAACGUUUAAUCCAUCUAGUGGUCACGGGACUAGGACGAACAAAGACACAUAUGGAUCGAGUAAAGUCAAACACACCCAUGAUAGAUUGGAUCCCAUGUCGUAUUUAAGGGAGACAUUUCGAUGAUCCUGUCGGACAAACGUAGGAUCGAACUAACGUCGUGGGUGAUUUGAAUCAACCAAAAGCCUAUCCGUAUCAAAGGAAUAUUCGGUAAACCCGAUAGGGCCUGUACUUCAUUAAAACGAAUUCUGGGAUGUCGCGGACGACCAGAGAAUUAAUCAUAGAGGAGGUACGCUCGUACGUCGAGUAAUUCCAAAUACUCGUGUGGUAGGUUCGAUUGAGUAUUGGAUCCGAUAAAUCGUGAAUCGGGGAAACUACCUCUAUGUUGCGUAGCUGUGGCGUCGGCUCUUCCCACGAAUGAGAACAAUUGGUUGAAUUCGCUCGAAAAACAGAUUUUUACCUUUUUCACCUUGGAAUUUGAUGCAACCUAUUCUUCCGAGCAAAGUAUUUCAAAAGUGUAUCGUGCUUUUUAAUAAGCCGAUUGUCUAAUCGAAGCGGGAGCUCGCUUUAAUAAUAAUCAUUAAUCGACCAAAAAUUAAAGCGCUCAAUCGACCAUGUACUUUAAAUUCAGCAACAACGAAACUCGUACCAUUUCAACUACCACGCCUCUUUCGCGUUAUAUCCAUACUCGUGAAAAUUACGACAUGUCGUUAAAAAUAAUCUACUGAAAGCACGAAUAGCACAGUUACUGCACAGGUAAAGUAGUUACCGCUAUUUCGAGAGUUACUAAACUUCGAAAGGUACUGAUAAUAUCACGUAUCGCCCCCAUCGUUGUGGUUUGCGUCUUUCCGAAGAUCCAUCGGAUCAUUUUUUCUAAAAUUGAAAGA